UUGUGUGAAAUAGAAAUGAUUUUGAAAUGAUCCGGUCGUGCUGUGGCUGCUGCAGUCUGCGAAUUGGAUGCUUCUUGAUCGGGUCCUACCUUAUCAUCUCAUCAACUAUAUUUACACUUCAGUGUAUGCAAUCGAAACCAGACAUUCUAUUGGCCCUCACCUAUUUUACGAGAUGUAUUGCGGCAAUCGCGCUGAUUUAUGGAGCUAUAAAGGAGCAAACUUUACCUUUGAAGGUGUUCAUAUUUAUUCUUGUUUAUUAUUCUAUAUUAUUCUAUAUUAUUCUUGUAAUCACUUGGCUGCUCUUUGCAUUUGAUGUGAUGGAUAGGCCAGAUGGUCAAAAGGUAACCAGAAAUACUACUGUUAUAGUUAUAGUACUAAUCGUAUACUUAGUGCUGUUCACCUACUUUCUAUUAGUGGCAUUUUUUUACUUCAAGGAGCUGAAAAAUCGAGCAACUGCAACGGCAACCUAAGAUAUAAUGCU